AUGACUCAAACUAAAGAUAAGCCAGUAGGAAAAACAAUUCAUGAUCUUGUACGAGAAAAUAAUGUUAAAGAUCUUGAAUUAAUUGUUGGUCGAGGAGCAGGUGUUAAUGAAAUUGAUUUAAAUAAUGAUGAUAAAUUUACACCUUUACAUUGGGCAGCUUAUGCAGGAAGUUUAGAGGCUAUGCAUUGGCUUUUAUGGCAAGCAGCGAAUAUGGAUGCUGCAACAGCUAAAGGGUGGACACCAGCACAUAUUGCUGCAAUUCGAGGACAUGAUGCAUGUGUACAAGCUUUAAUUAAUAAUAAUGUUAAUAUAAAUACACGUGAUCGUCGUCAACAAACUUGUCUUCAUAUGGCUUGUGCACAUGGAAAUUCAUUUGUUGCUCAUACACUUCUACGUGGUGGAGCCGAGAUCAAUCAUCAAGAUGUGAACGGAUGGACACCAGCUUUUACUGCAGCUUAUCAUGGUAGACUUGGAUGUUUACAAAUGCUUGUUAAAUGGGGUGCGAAAUUAAACGAGGUUGAUAAUGAAGGAAAUACAGCUGCUCAUCUUGCUGCUUUGGAAGGUCAUUUACCAUGUUUAAAAUUUAUUAUUGCAGUUACUCGAGAUAUACCAGCAGUAUUAGGUGCACGAAAUGAUCAAGGUGAUACACCAAAAUCUUUAGCUGAACAAUUUUUUAAAGAAGAUUGUUGUAAAUAUUUGGAUGCACUUGAAUGGGAACAAGAUCAUCCUGAACAAGCUGAAAAUCUCGCUUUUCCUGCACAUGUUGCUGCAUAUAAUGGAGAUUUAGAACAUGUAAAAUUAUUAGUUGAACAAGGUGUUAUUAAUGUAAAUGAACGUGAUGAACAUGGUUCAACAUUAGCUCAUAAAGCAGCUGGACAAGGACAUUUAGAUAUUCUUUAUUGGUUACUUGAAAAUGGUGCAAAUAUGGAUUUACAAUCACAAAGUGGUGAAACACCUAAAGAUGUAGCACGACGUUAUGGUCAGUUAGCUUGUUUGAAACUGUUAGGUGGAGGUGCUGAAAAAUCUGAUGGAACUCAACAGAGUGGACAAAAUGAAGUAAAAAAACAAAGUGAACAAAAAAGAUUAACACCAAAAGAAGAAGAACGUCGACGUGCUAAAACAAAACUUGAUGAUUUACAAAAACAAAUUGAUAUAGCUAAAAAAAAUUUUCGACAAUUUGGUGGACAUCUGGAUGAAGAUGAACAACAUGAAGCACAUCAACGAGAAAUACAAAAAAAAUUUGAUGAUUAUGAAACACAAUUAGAAUUUGAAAGACUUAAACGAGAAAAACUUGAAGCUGAAUUAGAUGAAUGUCGACAUGAAAUUGCUCGUCUUAUUAAUACUAUACGUUCAUAUGAAGAGAGAAUGAUACAUGUUCAACAAAGACCACCAAGUAGAACACGUACACAAAAAAUUAAAAAACCAUCAUCAGCAUCAUCAAAUAAACAACAAAGACGUGUUGAAAAACAAACAGGACUUGUAUUUAUACGCAGAAAUUCAGUUAAUUCUUGA